GAUAUCAAGUGUAGGCAAGUAGCUAAAGCAGUAUUCAAUUUCAAUUCCUAGUGAUGAUGGGCAAUUGGCAACGGGCACAAGAGAAGAGUUGCGAGAGAGUUUAAAGGGAUGAGUUGUGCAGCUUUAGGCCUUUCUUCUCCUUCAUUUCCAAAUGGGCAUCUUUCUUCCGCCAAUUCUACCUCUGUGGAGGACUUGGGAAUGGUGAAGCCCUCCGUUGCUCUUCCCCACUAUAAGUGGCGUUUGCUUAUAGCUUAUGACGGCACUCACUAUGCAGGUUGGCAAUUUCAAGUUUCACCACCAACUGUACAGUGCAUGGUAGAAAAGGCUUUAGUUCAAAUAACAAAGCUCGAGCGGGAGGAUCUCCACUUUGUUGGUGCAAGUAGGACUGAUACAGGAGUUCAUGCCUGGGGUCAGGUGGCACACUUCGUUACACCUUUCAAUUAUGACAGCUUGGAGAACAUUCAUGCAGCUCUAAAUGGCCUUCUUCCUUCUGAUAUCCGAGUUAGAGAGAUGAGUGCUGCGAUUCCUGAAUUUCAUGCUCGGUUUUCAGCAAAAAGGAAGGUUUACCACUACAAGAUUUAUAAUGACAGCAUCAUGGAUCCAUUUCAGCGUCACUAUGCUUAUCAUAGUGUUUAUAAACUUAAUACUGCUGCCAUGAGAGAAGCAGCAAAAAAGUUUAUUGGAAAGCAUGAUUUCUCGGCUUUUGUGAAUGCAUCGCGUAACGAUCGAGUGCCAGAUCCUGUGAAGACAAUAUUUCGCUUUGAUGUGAUUGAAAUGGGAGCUCUUUUACAGCUGGAGGUUGAAGGUUCAGGAUUUUUGUAUAGACAAGUUCGAAACAUGGUCGCUUUGCUGCUUCAAAUUGGAAGGGAAGUAGUUCCUGGUGAUAUUGUCCCAAAGAUUUUGGCAACUGGAGAUCGCAAAGAGCUGGCUAAAUAUGCCUUAUCUGCCCCACCACAUGGGCUUUGUCUUGUGGCUGUCAAAUAUAAGGAAGAGCACCUACUGCUUCCCUUAGGUUGCCCCUCAACUAGCUCUGGUAGGCAUCAUACUGUUCGCAAAUGUAAACUUUUCUUUUAUUAAUUUCAAAUGCCAACAAUUUAUUCAGCAAAGAAAUGGGUUGAGUUUAUCCAAA